UUGUGUAUAAGAAUAUCUGACUUAUCAUGCCAUACGUAAACUGUAAUUACACUGUAUAAUCAUGGCAUACCAAAAUUUAUUGGAAUAGUAAUAGUUUUAUUACACUAAAAACAUCCACUGAUGACAUUAAAUUAACUUCAUGUCUACCUUAAUGCAAACGGUAACACAUUUAUGAGUAGGUGGCUUUCAAAGUGACUAGUGAUCAGUGUCAUGGUUUUGAACCUUUGAUAAAUCGAUCAGGUUAUAUAUUGGCGGUAUUAGAGAAGUAACUGGUGGACAGGCCCGGCCAGUUAUUUUGGGAUCAUUUUCUUUGCAUUUGUGCAUCCUAUGAUAACGCCUAAAACGACAUCGUAUGGAAGUAAACAGUAUCGUAUUAUUUCGUUUCAACAUAUAGAUUUUGCGCAAAAGCCCUUUUAUUUCCACUAGUUCUUCAUCAUUCCCACUCGAUUUAGGGUUCUCUAAAAUCAAGAUCCUCCUUCCCUCUGUGUCGAUUUCUUCUGUUCUCCGACGAACGAUCUCGCAAUGGAUAACGAAGAAGUGCUCGACUUCGACGUAGACGACGACGGCAUCGACAUCGAGCCCAACGACGCGAUCGACAUGCUCGACGACACCACCAACUCCUCCGACGCCGCCACCUACUUCCCCGACGGCGACCUCGAGCCAUACGAAGGCCUCGAGUUCGAAUCCGAGGAAUCCGCCAAAGCCUUCUACAACUCCUACGCCCGCCGCAUCGGCUUCAGCACCCGCGUCAGCUCCUCCCGCCGCUCCCGCCGCGACGGCGCCAUCAUCCAGCGACAGUUCGUCUGCGCCAAAGAAGGCUUCAGGAACAUGAACGAGAAACGCACCAAGGACAGAGAGAUCAAACGUCCCAGAACCAUCACACGUGUCGGUUGCAAAGCCUCCUUAUCCGUUAAGAUGCACGACUCCUCCGGUAAAUGGGCCGUAUCUGGGUUCGUUAAAGAGCACAAUCACGAGCUGGUUCCUCCAGAUCAGGUCCACUGCUUGAGGUCCCACAGGCAGAUCUCGGGCCCCGCCAAGACUUUGAUUGACACGUUGCAGGCCGCUGGGAUGGGGCCCAGGAGGAUAAUGUCCGCUCUGAUUAAAGAGUACGGUGGGAUUAGCAGAGUUGGGUUUACCGAGGUGGAUUGUAGGAAUUACAUGAGGAACAAUAGGCAGAAGAGUAUACAGGGAGAGAUUCAGCUUCUUCUUGAUUACUUGAGGCAGAUGAAUGCUGAUAAUCCCUCCUUCUUUUACUCCGUCGAGGAUGAUCAUCAUCAUCAUGAGUCUGUUGGUAACGUGUUUUGGGCUGAUCCCAAAGCUAUAACUGAUUUUACUUACUUUGGUGAUACGGUGACGUUUGAUACGACUUACAGGUCUAAUAGGUAUCGUUUGCCUUUUGCUCCUUUCACUGGUGUGAACCAUCAUGGGCAGCCGAUUCUGUUUGGAUGCGCGUUUAUUGUUAAUGAGAAUGAGGCUUCUUUCGUGUGGCUUUUCAAGACUUGGUUAUCAGCGAUGUCGGGACGCUCUCCUGUUUCGAUUACUACUGAUCACGACGCGGUUAUACGUGCUGCUGUGAUGCAGGUUUUUCCUGAGGCUCGUCACAGGUUCUGCAAGUGGCAUAUUUUUAAGAAAUGUCAGGAGAAGUUGUCUCAUGUGUUUCUCAGGCAUCCUUCGUUUGAGUCUGAUUUACACAAGAGUGUGAAUGUGACCGACUCUGUUGAGGAUUUUGAGUCCUGCUGGUUUUCGCUUCUUGAUAAGUAUGAGCUGAGGGAUCAUGACUGGCUACAAGCGUUGUACUCUGAUCGACGCCAGUGGGUUCCUGUCUAUCUCCGUGAUACAUUUUUCGCGGAGAUGUCUUCCACUCAGCGUAGUGACAGUAUCAACUCGUAUUUUGAUGGUUACAUCAACGCUUCGACUAAUCUGAGCCAGUUCUUUAAGCUGUACGAGAAAGCUUUGGAGAGUCGUCUCGAGAAAGAAGUUAAAGCGGAUUACGACACGAUGAACUCGCCUCCCGUUCUGAAGACUCCGUCUCCGAUGGAGAAGCAGGCGUCUGAGCUUUACACGAGGAAGCUGUUCACGAGGUUUCAGGAGGAGCUUGUGGGGACUUUGACUUUCAUGGCGUCCAAAGCUGAUGACGAUGGGGAUCUCGGUACCUACCAGGUUGCGAAGUACGGAGAGACUCACAAGGCUCAUUGCGUUAAGUUCAACAUUUUGGAGAUGAGAGCGAACUGCAGUUGCCAGAUGUUUGAGUUCUCUGGGAUUGUGUGUAGACAUAUAUUGGCGGUCUUCCGUGUCACCAAUCUCCUUACGCUUCCGCCUUACUAUAUCCUGAAAAGAUGGACGAGAAAUGCCAAGAGCAGUGUUAUAUUCGAUGACUAUGGUUUGCAUGCGUAUGAUAAUUACUUGGAGUCUCAUACUGUCCGGUACAACACCUUACGCCAUAAAGCUUUUAGUUUUGUGCAAGAAGCGGGGAAAUCUCUGUAUACUUGUGACGUCGCUCUAGUUGCUCUGCAAGAAGCUGCCAAGACUGUGUCCUUGGAAAUGAAAAACGAAGUUAGGAGAACUAUGGCUAACGGGCAUGUUAAAGGGAACUCUGCAAGUGGUGGAGAGCAGAUACUCCGUAAUGAGGACUCUCAGCAAGAUGAGCCCGAGGAUGAAAUGGACAAGAAGAUUAUUGAGCUCAGAAACGAGCUGGAAUUAGCAAACAGGAGAUGUGAAGCCUACAGGACUAACCUACUUUCGGUCUUGAAAGAAAUGGAAGAUCAAAAGUUACAGGUGUCCAUCAAAGUGCAGAACAUCAAAAUCAGCUUAAAGGAUAGUCUGUGAAACAAGCAACAAGUUCCAGCUGCCAUCAUCUUAUAUGAUUGCUCAUGCCAUUGAUCGAGACAAGAGAGAUGUUUGUCAGCAGGAAGUUCACGAGGUCUAUGUUCACUUGCCUAUCAAGCAGAACUGCAGAAGCACAAGAUCUUCACUCAUCCCAAAUGCUCUUAAUGCAUAGAAGAACAUGAUCCCAAUGUCUCUGCUUGUUCUUUUUUUAGAAUUCGUUUUUAACAAUUGGUGUAUAUUAUUUUUGAGUAAAUUUCUCAACAGAAAUUCCUUAGAUCACAAACCAACCAUGUGAUAUUUUCUGAUUUGAUGAAUAAAUAAUGACACUAGUCGGAAGAAGGAAUAAAUUAAUCACGAGUUUAUGCAAUCCUAAAACUUGAUAGACGAUAGUCUCCUAAUUAUAGUUGGUAAUAAAAGUUUAAACGUAGAAUGUUUAUACACGGAACACCUCAAGACAUAGUCCAAAUAUUCUCUUAAUUAAAAAUAUACGAUAUGUUGCAUAGAAAACAUAUAUAUCAACGACAUUAAACAAUACUAUUUAGUGAUACCCAAAUGAACUUUUGUUUGUGGAGGCGUGGAUCGGCUACUAUAUAUAUUAUCAUCAUAUAUGAUAUUGUGUGGUGCAUGUAUAUCAAAAGCAAUAUACAUUACAUGUAAUAACAAAAAACAGCUAGAUAAUGAUCAAAAUAAAUUAUGUAAUUAAUUAAACAUGUUCUUCCUAUUUUUAAUAUUUUUUUUUGACCAAAAAAAUUUAAACAUGUCCAAAAAAAUUAAAACUGCUUUAGUUAUAUUUUUUUGAUGUUAUGUUUUUUCGAAAAAGUAUUGUUUACAUAAUAAGACGUUGUCGUUUGUAUAACACCCAGAGAGUUCUUUUUUUUUUUGACAUCACAAAGAGAUUUCAUUUCAUUCUUUAGAAACAAUGUAAUUAGGAAUGUUUCUAUUUAUAUGACACUUUUGUUCACAUUAUGUUGUUCAUUUCAUUCUUCGAACCAAUCUCAUUUUGUGGAAGUCUUUUAAUUUAAUGGUUUAUUAAUGUUUUACACUAACAAAUUUAAAGUUUGGAAUGGAAUUACAUAUAAUGUGAUUUAUAGUAAGAAAACUAAUUUUCAAUAUAAUACAAGUAAAACUGUUAAACUCACAAAAAAUAUAUAAAAUGUUUACUUUGAUUUAUAUUAUUUUAAUAUAAAUGUUUUACAUUUUUAAUAUAUUUGUUAAAUAAAAAUUAUAACUUUUAUCUCUCUUCUUAGCUCAUUAACUAAAAAUCACAUAAAAUAAUAUACUAAUUAUAGGUAAAGUAGAAAUUUUUAAUAACUUUGUUAAUAUGUUUUCAAAUAUUUUAAAUGUUAUUUUGAAACAGAUGAAGUAUUUAUAUUCAUUACUAUAAAUGUUUUAAAAUUUUAAUCUAUUUGUUAAAUAAAAAUAUUUUAAUAAUAAAAAUCAAUAUUUUCUCUGAUACAUACAUGAAUAAAUACUGAUUGAUUCAAAUACUAUCAAAAAGGACAAUUAUACUGUCGUUGUCUUGAACAACUCAAACCUAACGGCACGUUUGAAGCCGGUGGGAAAUAAUUAUCUUUGAUUUAUCAUUUAUUAUGCCUCUCCAAUCUCAUCUUCUUCCUCCUCUUUUUGGCUUUCUUAUCCUCAUUUCUAUUAUAUUACUAUUAUUCUUAACAUCUUAUUGAAUUUCCAGCUUGAUGAGCUUGUCAAAACCCAAACGUUGAAAACGAAAUAUACAUAAAAAUACAAAAACUUUCUCGUGCCUCUCCCCCUUCUUCUUGUUGAUUUUACAUUUGUUAUUACAGCUUUUGUCAACAGAUUUGUUAAUCAACUUGUGUAUCAUCUCUCUCUCUCUCUCUCUUUUUCUCGUCUUCUUGAUUUAUAAACCACUUUUCAAGACUCUAAAAUAACAACUUUCUAGACUUUUUCUUCUCUCCAACAAGUGUAAAAGCGUUAGUUAUUGAGCUGAUGUAAAUGUUUUUGUUCAUGUAACCUUUCUUUCCACCUUUACUUUUAUCUUCUCCGACAUAAUCUGUGUGU